AUGUAUAGUUCAAGAAGCAGUCAAAACAAGCAAUUGUUAAAACCAGAUAAAGGAAUCAUAUCUGUGCUAGAAUAAAUUAAAUAGAAUCCAAAAUUCAAAAAGCUUUUAAAUUUUUAACUGAAUGCGCUUAUUAGCUUUAUAACACCUCCUAAUCCUAAGUUUAGAGAGAAUGCAAUGUUUGUUAUAUAGGAGUAGCUUCAUAUCAAUAUCAUUUAGGCCUUGGAAAAUCAUUCUUCAGAUGACUCAAUCGUAUUGAAUUCAUGCCAUGUUUUAGAAAAGUUAAUUGGCUACGGCAACAAUCGAAAUGAAGAAAUAGUUUAGCUAUUAGUUGAAGGAAACAUAAUGAAAGGAAUUAAUUCUACCCUUAAUAAUCCAGAUUACAUAAAAUCUAAAGAAAGUAUAAAGUAGCUGUUAAGCUUGAUAAACAUAUUUAUCGUAAAUCCAGCUAUUGCAUUAAAAUUUAUUGAGUAAAAUACUUUAGAGUCUUUAAUGAAUUGUUUGAGAUCUAAAAACAUUGAAGAUGUUUCAUAAAUUUAAGGACUUGAAACAUUGAAUAACUUUCUCAACUACCCCAGUGUAUUGCAAAAAGUAAUUUAAAAAUAAAUAAUUCCUCAAUUUUGUGAAACUCUUUAUGACUGCGUACUUUCUACUCUCAGCGUAUCAUUAGGAUUUAAGUUUAUAUAAAAAAUAAUUCAAACAAAAGAAGGCUUAGAGUAUGUUAAAUAAUGCAAUAUAAUAAAAACUAUUGUGAGUAUAAUGUCUUGCCUUUCUGGUGAUAAGAGCAUUUCCAAUUUAGGUUCUUAUAUUUUGAGUAGAAUAAUAAAUGAAAAUACAAUUUAGAAUGCCCUUAGAGAUUUAAAAUAACAGUCAGGUGAUUUGAUAUUUCAAUCUGCUUUGCUUUCUAAUUUGGUUCUAGCUUCUGAACAAAUGGAAGAACUUAUCGAAAAAGGAGAUGUUUUGAAGGAAGUUUUAAAUUUAGUUAAAUAAUUUAAGGAUAAUGUUUAGGAAGAUAACGUCUGUGUGCUAAAAAAUUGUUUUAUCACUUUAGCAAGAAUUGCAAAUUUAAAUAGCAAAUAAGCAAAAAAUUUGGUUAAUGAAGGUGGUAUUGAUAUCUUGUCUGAUUUUGUAGAAAAUGACAACCCACAAGUCUUUAUCUCAAUAAUCGAAACAUUUUAGCUUCUUUUAAAUUCAUAUGAUGGAGCAUUUGAUAUAAUCAAAAAAAAGGGUAUUAUAAAAACAAUAAUAGAUUUUGCAGACACUGUUCACUCUGAUAAUGUUUUGGUAGGAAGAAGCAUUUCUCAAUUCCUUUCUAUUAUUGCAAAUUAAAAGGAAGGAGCCAGCUAUAUAAUUUAAAAUAAUGCAAUUUUCUUACUAAUUAAGAUAUUCAAGGCUUGUAAAAAAUACAAAAAUGUCAUUGAAAAUGUUACAAAGAUAUUAAGUUAGUUAGCUGAGGAUAAAGCAAGCGUAAAAUAAUUAGGUCAAAAAAGUUUUAUCUAAGAAAUAAUUGAAGUUUGUAAUGAUCAUCCAGAGUGGAGAAAAUCCUGCCAAUAUUCAAUUUAAUGCAUAUCUUUACUUGUUAACCACAAUAAAUAAUUAGUAGAUACCUUAAAAGAUUUAGAUAUUGUUGAAACUAUAAUAUCUAUUGUCAAUAAGAAAGCAUAUAUGUUAAUUCUUAGCAAAGAAAAUUAACAAGAUGAUGAGAGUUAUGAAGAACUAGAAGGAAACGUAGAAUAUGAUCAAUCUGAUUUAGAAGAAAUCUUUAAGAUGAAAAAAGAGAACAAAGUAGUUGAGGAGAGUAAUGAAAAGUUAGAAUAGAAAAUACUGAAAACAAGCAAAGAUAUUUUGUAGUUUGUUUUUACUAUUGACGAUAUAAUGAGUGUAAGUGAAUAAAUUGAAGGCCUUUACGAAGAACUAGUUUCUUAGAAUGAACCUGACAGAUAGUAAGAGUAUAGCAUUCUACUCGAAAUGAGUAUAAUAAAACUAGGUUUAGGUAUUAGUAUUUUGCCUAGCGAAAGUUUAGAAAUGGGAGUUCAUUAAAUUUGUUUGAAGAUAAGCAAAACAUUUAUAAAUGACUUAGAAUAACUUCCAAAUAAUCAAUUUGAAAACGAAGAAAUUCUUAUUGCCAUGAACUUAUUUUAUCUUUACACAAGCGAGCUCUUUGAAAAUGAUUAAACUCAAUCUUAGUAUACAUCUUUGAGAUUUAUAGAUUAUUUUAUUGAAUUAAGUUCAAAUAUUCUGGGUAAAUUUACUAAGAAUCCUCUUCGUUAGCACUUGAAGUGUCUUUUGUAAAUUCUUAAGAGAUCAAAUCAAAACAAGCCUCAAGUUAAAAUCAUUCGCACAUAGAAUAGCAACAACAAAUCAGGAAAAUAAUAAACUUUGCCAGCAGUUACUUUGAUAAAGAACAUCCUAAACCUUAUUAAAAAAAACAUUGAAGAUUUUGAUUUAUUAAUUUUAUCUUUGGACAUACUUGUUUUGCUUACUUAGCUUAGCAAAUAAUUUUAACAGGAGGAUUUAAUAAUAAACUUAUUGAUAGAAGAAGGUGCUUUCAAAUUUAUAAUUUCUAAUUUAGAGCUGUUUAUAAAUGCUGAAUUGGGAGUUAGAUGUUUUUCAUUUUUAGAAAUAGCUUUAAAGCAGUAAGAGCAAUUAGUAACUGAAUCCCUAAUUAAAUUAAAAGCUUUACCUAUCUUAAUGAAUUACAUAGUAAGUAUGAAUAAUUCUCCACUCAUUCGUUAAGCGGCUUAGGAAAUUUUGUAGAUUUUAAGCAAUUAUCAAGAGAGCGAUUUCUAGAAAAAUGAAGAAUCUACUUCAAUUUCAGCAUUAAAAUAAAAAUCAAAUAACCCAUUCUAGGUCCAUUCAUCUCAUUAGCAAUAAAGCGAAUUAUAUAGCAUUACUUAGAUAUAAUAAAAUUCAAUUAUUUAAAGUGAAGCCGGACUUUAAGAGGAAGAUUUCAAACAUUUGAUUGCAUCAAUUGAUCCUGAAUAAAAUAUUUCAAAUAAGAACUUUUCUCUUUAAAAUUCAAGUACUUCUCUCGAAUCUAUCACAAAUUAUGUCCUCAUUGAUAGAAAUUUAGAACAAAUGAUAGGAUUUGAUAUAAUUAUUGCAAUAAAUAAUCUUAUUGGAUAUAUUAUUAUCCAAGACGAAAAUGAAUUGGCACUAACUGGAAACUUGUUUGUUUCUGAAAGACUGCUUGUUGGAUCUUUAUAAAUCAUCAUUAGAAUAUUAUAAUCUUCAAUUAACUAAAAAGAAAAAGCCCUUUAUCAAAUUACAGACUCUUUACUCAUUUAAAAAAUACUUUCUUUGUUAAAUUUAAAAUAACACUCUGUUUUAAUUGUUCUGAAUACAGCUAUAGCUUUCGAAGAACUUUUGAAAGAAGAAAUAUUAAGAGAGGAAACACUGAAUUUAGUAAAUGAGCAAAAAAUAUGUGAAUUACUAUUCACUCUUUUAGAAAAGAUGAAUUCCUUAGAAGAAAAUGAAGUUUCCCAACAGCUUUAUAGAUUAAUUUUUACGAUGGCAUAAAUUUCUCCUUAAAGCGCAAGCUAAUUGAGCAACAAAGAUUUUGUUAAGUCUAUAUUGAGAAAAAUUAAAGUAUUAAUGACAAGUGAUACCACUAAAAUACAAAGUUAGUUAAGUGAGAAUUUAAAAUGUUUUUUGACUCUUGCUGAAUCUCAAAAAACAUAAGAAAUUAUUUUAAAUGAAAAUGGUCUUGAGUGUCUUUAUAUGAUUAUCAAAAACUAAAACAUAAGAAUUUAAGAAGACAAGAUAGAAGAAUUAAUUUCAGAUACUUGCAAUGUUAUAGUAAAGCUAAGUUCUUCCAAAAUAUUUGAAUAAUACUUGUCUAAUGAGUUCUUUGUAAUAAUCAUAUAAGCCCUUGAAAAGAAUGCAAAUGCCAGUAAAUAAGUUUGCUACUCUUACUUAAUGGUUUUAAAUAAAAUGCUUGGCGCUAGUAAGAAAUUCAUACAGCAGUUAGCUUCUCUUAAUGCAGAUGAUGUAAUCUAAAAUGUUCAAAUAGAGCAUUCUUCAGAUAGAUAAAUUAAGCAGCUCUGUAACGAUUUGCUUUAAAACUUCAAAACUGAUAACACUAUAGUAUCAAACAAAUAGAUUGUCUCUUCUUUGAAAACUAACGAUCCUGAGAUAAUAAAAAAGAUUUCAAAACUAUCAAAUAGCUACAAUGGGUUUAUUCCUCAAGAUAAAGCUUAAGUCCUAAAGCCAAAUAAAUAGCUUAUUUAAUAAAUUAUUGUAUUCCUAAAGUUAAAAGACUUAGAAGUAUUGAAAGCAACUCUGACUUUGAUCACCUCUCUUUCAUAAGAAAGUACAGAAACCAAAACUGAAAUAUUGGAGUCUGAUAUUCCCAAUAUCAUUUUAAAUGAAAUCCUCAUAUAAAAUAAAUCUGAUAAAUCAAUUAUCCUGCUUUGUUUUGAAGCAAUUAAUGCAAAUUUAUAGCUUUUUAAUCAAAUUAAUUAAUUUAGCCAUAAAAUUUUAGACCCUGAAACAACAACUGAAUUAUUUAACAUGCAAACUCAUAAAGAAUUAGCUAAUCUAAAAAAAAUAUUUUCUAGUUCACAACUUUACACUUUCUGCUUAGAGUUGAUUGAAAAUUAAUCUGUUUAAAUUUCUGAAAAAGUCCUAGAAUUCUUAUCAUUAAGCGUGUAAUGCUCACCAACUAAUAUACUCAUUUAAAACGAAAAAUUUUUGUUGAUUUUAGAAAAUUUAGCUUAGAGAGUUUAAGAAAGCGAUUUCUUUAAUUUAUAUUCAAGCAUUUGCCAAGUCCUAAGCAGUAUUGUUAGAAAUGAAGAAUCUUUCGAUUAUAUCAUGAAUUCAGAAUUAAUAAAAACAGUUUUCAAAAAUGCAAGCUAGUAAUCUCUGUAAGUACUUGAAAAAAAUGAAAAAAUACUUCAGAAAAGCUCUUUCCUUACAUUCUUAUACUACCACCUUGAACUCACAAGUCGCUUAACAGAUAAUGAGUUUGAUAAAACUGUUUUAAUUUAAUUAAAUGUUGUUGAAAAUCUUAUUAAUUUAGUUAAAAAGCUACUUAAUAGCUAACAAGAAUUUGUAGACCCUUACUCUCUAAAGAUUUUAAAGUAAUUAUUUGAGUGCAUUAAGACAAUCUAAAAAGACAGAUCAACAGCUAGAGUUGUCAGCAGCUUAAAUGCAGAAAAAAUAUUUAUAUCAUUUUGCUAAAAGAUUAAUAAUCAAAUUAAAUCAUUUAAAAAUCUGCUAAGUUUAGCUAAAGUUCCUGAAAAGCCAUCAAUUAAAACUAUCGAAGGAAGUUUAUUAAUACAAGAUUAAGUUAUAGAAAGUAUCUCGCUCAGCAUUCACGCUGUUACUAGCAAUAAGUCUUAAAUAGAAAGUCUUGAGCCAUUCAAAUCUAAAUCUAAUUUCAAUAAACUUUUAAAAUAGAUUUUAAAUGAAAGAUAUGAGAGCGUUUUGGUAAGUGCUAAAAUAGUGAACACUAUUGAAUCGUGCUUAAGAUACUAUAAUAAGGAAAUUAUCAGUCAAUUUAUUGAUGAAGUAAAAUAGUUUGAACCUUACAUUUCUUCAAUUAAAAAGAUAUACCCUAAUAUUUAAUGCAUUUAAACUUCCUGCAAUAAUAUUGUAUAAAUAAUUGGUGGUUCAGAUCCAAGGGACUUAAAAUAUGUCUAAGAAAAUAAUAGAAGAUUAACUAUAGAUUAAAAAAGGCUUUCAAGUAGCUCUACUAAAUAAGAGGAAAAUUCUCUAUAAGAUUCUUAAAUUUUAGCUAAUCUUCAAAAGUUUUAAGAUUUAAAAAAUAUCACCGUUUCUGAAAUUAGUCAGCUUUUGAAAUAACUUGAAAAUAUUCCAAUCAAAUAAGCCUCUAAAGAAGAACCAGCUCUUCUCACAACUCUGCACUCAUGUGUUCAGUCAUUUUGCAAGGAUAUAGAAAAAGCAUAGCAAUUAUAAAGUAUUGGAUUGGCAGAAACUCUUGUUGAGUACAUUAAAAAGAGAGAAGAAUACAAACUAGAUAUCAUUUUAUAAAUCUUAAAUUAUAUGUAUUGCUAUCCUAAGGUAGUUCAAAAAUCAAAAGUUGUUGCUGCUUUUAUCAAUAUUAUUUAAAAAUUUUUAAAUACUUUGGUUAAAAAUACUGAAAUAAAAAACUUUUUCAAACAAGCAGAGGGAUUAAAAUAUAGCGCAAUUAUCUUAAGCUAUGCUGGACCUUUCCCUGCAGCUCUAUAAUUAAUCCAUUAAACUAACAUAGUUGAGAACCUUUUAAGUAUAAUUCGUUAAACAUUUGAAGGAGAGUAUAUAGAAUGUGCCAUUUAAUGUUUAGAAACAUUAGCAAAAAUAUGCUCAAGCAAGUAAAUAUCCUAGUAAUUCUUAGAAAAAGGAGGAAAUUUAGUCAUCGAAAAUAUUUUCUAAACUAAAGAAAAUAAUCACUCCCUCUUAAUAUCAGCUUGCUAUGUCCUAGGAAAAGCAAGUUAAAACAGUGCUAUUCAACCAAAGUUCUUUUAUUUAGCUCCUUUGCUAAUUGAAAAGAUAAACUAAUGCAAAUAAAACCCAUUGGUUUUCAGUAAAGCCUGUUUUGCAAUUGCAAGUAUGGUAUUCAACAACGAUAAACAUUAGUCAGAGAUUUUGAAUAAAAAUCCUUAAUUCUUAAAUUUAUUGAUAGAAGUAUCUAGCUAGUUUAUAUAAAGUGACAAUGAUUUAAUUUCAAACGUCUGUAUGUUGCUUAAUUCUAUUUGCUUUAAAAAUAACGAAGCCAAAAAAAUGGUAGGUACUACUAAUACUAUUUAGCUUUUAGUGAAUAUUUCAAAAUCAACUACUUUGAGUGACUCAACUAUUUAACAAUCUUUGAAAACUAUUGGAAAUUUAUCUCUCCUUGAACAAAACUCAGUGAAAAUUGUUAAAGCUAAAUUUAUGGAAUGCAUUUCACAAAUAUUUAACAACAAAAGAGAGAUAAAUAAGGAAUUAAGUACCUUCUCGCUAGAAAUAUUGCAAAAUAUCUGUGCAGUAAUUAAAAAAGUUGAUGAAAGAGAAGAUUGCUACAAGUUGCUAAUUUAAGAAGGCUUUUUGCAAUUAAUCAUCAACUGUAUAAAUAUGCCAGAAGAAAUUUCAAAAAUAAUAAUUGAAAUUAUUUGUUGUGUGAUUCAAUCUGAUUCUAUAAGUUAAGAAUUUUGUAAGCUUGAUGGAGUAAAAAUUUCAAUUCAAAUACUUGAAGAAGGCAAGGUAGAAAUGAAUAGUCUUAUUAAUAUUCUUAGAAUAUUGCAAUAUCUUACUUCUUUAACACAGAACUAAAUUUUAGAUGGAAUUUUUAAAACCAAUCUGAUUAGUAUCCUUUUUAAUAACAUUAUGAAAGUGAAAGAUUCUAAAUAUAUCUCAAAGGCUUUUAAAAUAAUCAUUAAUAUGCUUUAAAAUAAAAAUAAUCUGAAAUUAGUUAGUCAGGAUAAAAUUUUAGAGUCUUUCUUAAGUUCAUUCGACCCCAUUUCAAUAGAUGGUUCAGCUUUCAAGGAUUACAUCACUCUACUUGAUAGUUUUUCAUCAAACGAUUAAGUCUUGUUAAUGAUAUGCAAAAAGUAAGUGCCUUAAAUGAUUGUUUCUCUAUAAAAUAAGUUAGAAAAUAUUGAAAUUGUAGAAUGUGCAUUAAAUUUCAUUGAAAAAUUAGCUCUAAAUAAACUAACAACUCAAAGCUUAAUCACUUCAAAUACUUUACCAUACUUGAAUGAGGUUCUUAAAAAACUUCUUACUAAAUAGCAAAUAUCUUAGAAGGCACUAAGAAUUCUAGAAAUCAUCUCUAGCUCUUCUGACCAAAAUAAAGCCACCGUAGCAGAAUCUUCGCUAUAGCUUUUAGAGAGACUGUUGAAAGAAACUCAAAAAGCACCAGAAAUUUUCAAAAUGAUAUAGAAUACUUAGAAAAAUAUUGAAAAAGGUGUAUCCAACGCAACUAGACAGUCAUUGAUAACUGAUGAAUUAAAAGAAUUUGUUUUCAAAGGAUCUAUCGCUAAGCUUUAUAAAGAGAAUGGUACAUCCAGUAAACUAAGAAUAUACGUUGCUAAUGAUUUAAAAGAAAUAAACUGUAAAAAAGAAGGUAAGUAGACUGUAAAGUCUAAAUGGAAAAUGCCAAUUAACAUGAUUUAGCAAAUAAAGUCAAAUUAUGAAACAGACCCUCAAGGAUUUUCUAAGUCUCAUUUUGCACUUUCAUUUAGAAAAAAACCUGAACCUGAAACUUGCUUCUCAAUUAUCGGACCUCCUUCUUCUGUAAGAAAAUGUUUCUUUGUGCAAUGUGGAAGUAAAUUUGAGAAAGAUAAAUGGGUAUAGUACUUGAAUGAUUUAAUAUUAGAAUCACAAGAGCAAUUUAAAAAUAUUAAAAUAAAAUUCUGA